AUUAAAUAUGUCUUAGCGAGACGGACAAUGUUAGCAGACAAUCCUGUUAGCAGUUAAUUUAGGUUAAUUAAGAGUUCGUUUGCACACCAAGAAUUAGAAGGAGCCACAAAAGAAACCUCAAGUAGUACGGACAGAUCGCACGAUGCCUUGUUUUGGUUCUGUUUAGCUAUCGCCUAUCUGUCUUCAUCUCUGAAACCUUAAGACACCUAUCUUCAAUUGUCCUUGUGAGGUGUAAGAAAGCAAGCGCAGGUAGCCAUGCACAAUGAAGAAUGGCCAAACUUUCCUUACACACACAGACCUAAUGUGUCACUACGCCACUUCCCAUUCUCUUCAAUAAAUACCCACCACCAUUCACUUACCCAAUUCAAACAAGUCUAGCUCUAAUACCCACCAUGGCUAAGACUACUUCCUUGCUCCCUCUUUCCCUAUGCUUUCUUGUCUUCUUCACCGGCUGCUUAGCUCGCCAGCAAUGGCAACAAACCCAGAAUCAGUGCCAACUUGACAGGAUCCAAGCACUCGAACCCAACAAUCGCGUUGAGUGUGAGGCCGGAAGAAUUGAGUCCUGGGACCCUAGCCAUGACCAAUUCCAGUGUGCUGGUGUUGCCGUAGUUCGCCGCAAGAUUGAACCCAAUGGCCUUCUAUUGCCUCACUUCAGCAACUCUCCUCAACUCAUAUACAUCAUCAAAGGUAGGGGAAUUAAUGGCGCCGUCAUCUCCGGUUGCCCUGAAACAUUCCAAGAUUCACGAGGAUCAUCCCAACAAGGACAAGGCAGACGUAGGUUCCAAGACCAGCACCAGAAGAUUCAUCAUUUCCGUGAAGGAGAUGUGUUGUUUAUUCCUGCUGGAAUUCCUUACUGGGCUUACAACAAUGGCAACGAGGAGGUUGUCUCUGUCAGUCUCAUCGAUGUCAGCAACAACGCAAACCAGCUCGAUCUCCGCCCGAGAAAAUUCCACUUAGCUGGUAACCCAGAACACGAUUUCGAGCCACAAGAGGAGCAGAGGAGACGCGGUGAACAAGGCCAUAGCCGGGGACAGCAAGGAAGUGGACAGAGAUCUUCUUGCAACAACGUUUUCUGCGGCUUCGAUUCACGAAUCCUGGCCGAGGCCUUUAACGUGGACCAGAAGCUUAUUGAGAGGAUUCAGAACGACAACGACGACAGAGGCCAAAUUGUGAAAGUUAAAGGAGGUGAGCUUCAGGUGGUCAGGCCACCAAGCUUACAAGACGAGAGAUACGAACAAGAAGAGAGCCCGAGAAGGUACGGACGUGGUAAUGGAAUUGAAGAGACUCUGUGCUCAUGGAGGUUGAAGGAGAACAUCGGCGAUCCCUCACGCGCGGACAUCUACUCGCCAGAAACUGGUCGCAUCAGCACCGUUAACAGCUUCAACCUCCCUAUCCUCCGGCAGUAUCAACUCAGCGCCGAGUACGGCGUUCUCAAAAAUAAUGCUUUAAUGGUGCCCUACUACAACUUGAACGCACACAGCAUCGUCUACGCGAUCAGGGGCCGAGCGAGGAUUCAGAUAGUGGACAACUACGGCCAGACGGUGUUCGACGGAGAGCUCCAGCAGGGACAGGUCUUGACAGUGCCACAAAACUUCGCGAUCGUUAAACGCGCUGAGAGCGAGAGAUUCGAAUGGGUUUCCUUCAAAACUAACGACAACGCCAUGAUCAGUACUCUGGCUGGAAAAACCUCGGCCAUCAGAGGCAUUCCAGCGGAUGUUUUGGCCAACGCAUUUCAGAUCUCACGGGAGGAAGCUUCGAGGCUCAAGUUCAACAGAAAAGAGAGCACCGUGGCUCAGGGCAGUGGUUCUCCUGGAGCGGGAAGGAGGGCUGAUGCUUGAGAGAGUGACACGUGG